AUGGUGGGCCGACUGAAGCCCUCAGCAGGGGCCCUGUCCAGUCGGGUCAGUGGUGGUCUCCGCCGCACAAAGAGGGGGUCCAACCUCAGUCGCAAGCAGGUGUUUGAGGCACAGCAGAAGAUAUGGAAACAGAAGCAGCGCACGGCGGAGGAGGAGGCGAAGGCCGCCAAGCGGGAGCGGAUGGCGCAAAUCCAGAAGGCCAAGAGCAAAAAGAUCCACCACGUCUUCGACAAAGCUACCCUGCACGCCGUUCAGGAUGGCCUCACGAGCGCCAUCGAGAUGCUCAGGCAGAAGGUCAGUCCGCUUGCCCUGUUCAUCACCGCCUUCACGGCCUUGUCCAAGACACCAGACCAGCGCCACGUGCCCUACAUGCUGUCGAUCAUGGCCGCCUGCGUCCCGAAGCUGACGCAAGGUGUCUUACUGCACCAGUUGCAGGGGUGUUUUGGCCUGUGCGACCAGCUGAUGGCCGAGUAUGGCACAAACAACACCCUCAUUGUCGCCAAGGCGUUGAAGCUCGCUGUCACCGUGCUCCUCUCCAUCGAGUCGCCCACGGUGGAGCAGUUGCAGCUUCUGGAGAAGCUGGAGCCGAGCAAGCUGCAGACGGAGGCUAUGAAGCUGUACUUGUCCAGUUUCCGCAAGGUGCUCGAGACGAACGCCCUCUGCACGCGCAAUGCUGGAAGCCCGGCCCCACGCAAGGAUCCGGCAUCGGCCUUCUACAGCCUCAACGCUCGACAGCGCUUUUUCUGCGCUGGUCUUCCUGUUUUUGUGCGCGUGUGCCUGCGCAACCUCUCCGAGACCCCCGCCGCGGUCGUGGCGGCUGUCAUGGCCGAGCUGACGCUGCUCUUUGACCAUGCGCUUGCGCCGUACAUUGUCGAGUCGGAAGAGGGCCAGCGGUGCCUCGACGGGCUCUUGUCGGAGGAGCUGCUGUCGCUGCUAAAGCCGCUGUAUCAGCAAUGCUGGGGAAUGUCCAUGGAGCUGCUUGCGACUGUAUUUAGGCGGAUGAGCUACUUGAAGCGCGUGCAGCCUCCUCCACAGGAGGUCGCCAAAGCGCAGGCCGAGUACGCGGCAAGCGUCGGUAAGACCACCAGCGCAACACAGCACGGCCCCGAUCGCACGCAGACAUACAUCGCCUUCACAGAUCGAUUUCCGUCUGUGCCGUUCCUUGUUCAGGUGCUGAAUAAGCUUCGCGUCAUGGACGACUCCACUCUGAAUGCCAAGGUGGAGCGCGCACUCGUGGCGGUAGGGUGCUGCAUGUACAUGCGCGAGUUCACCGAGCUGCUCGACUUUGAUCCCCGCGCCGCCUACAAGGCGGAAACGGUGGUGCAUGAGGAUGCGGCAGAGCAGGCGGCGACUCUCUGGUCGACAAGCUACUUGUUGAACGUGUGGCGCCGCACCUCCUCACAUGACUCGCUGCCGUUUCUCAUUCAGCACUUCUUCCCGUUGAUUCAGUUUUGCAGCAGGAUGGCCGUAGAGUCCGAGAAGGAGCAGCGCGUCGAGGAGUUCACGCGGUGGUCUGCUCUGCAGGUGCAAUACUGGCGCGUCGCCGCCGGCUUUUGUCACUACCCGGUGGAGGUCACGCUGGAGUCGUUUCGCGACCUCGCCAAGCAGCUUGUCGGCCUUCUCUCCAAUCCGGUCUUUGUGAACACGAGCGCGUCUGCGAUUCAUGUGCUCUGCAGUGGCUACUACGCUCUCAGGCGCAGCGCGCAGGAUGAUGACGAUGAUGACGACAACCUCGACGGCACGGAAGUCCUACCCGACGACCUACGUGGCGAAGUCCCUACGAGCACCGCGGUGCAGCGCCGCCUUCGCAAAGACGCGCUCGACGAGGACCUCUACGUGCUGUCCGUCACCGACCCAGGGUGGAACCCGCACCGGUACCACAAUAUCACACAGGCGUAUGCCGAGCUUGUGUGCGACACGAUUUUCGCCAAGUUCAGCGCGAACAUUAUGCCAAAGCUGUGCAACACUUUCGAAGCACACGAUUCCACGGCUGUCCUGCUGGCGAUCCAGAGCUUCUCAACGGUGUGCAACAAGAGCGUCAUGACAACCAUUCUUGAGGGUAUCCUUAACGUUAGCUCGAACAUUGCGGCGCAAACAACGCGAAACGCCAGCGGCAGUAAGGCGGGCAACGCCCCUCUCACCUCCAAGCGCCGUGUUAUUCUGGAUAUCGCGUGCGCCGUGGUGCCGCAGCUGUCGGCGGAGAACGUCAUGACCCUCUUCCAGGACAUCAUCGAGCCUGUCCUGAUGGACCCCGCACCGGAAUCACGGCUUCUGCAGAAGAAAGCGUACAAGCUCCUCUACGCCAUGUUUGAACACCGCAUCAAGGACAUCUUUCCAGUGCUGCAGCGCGUCCUCGGGCUGCUCUCCGUCAGUCGCCAGCACGUCACCGUCUCUGGUCUCAAGAUGCGCAUUCGCUGCCUUUCCUGGGCCCUCGACGCCUGCAAGAUGUACUGCCCUGCCGAACUGCUGCCCACGAUUCGCUCGCUCGUUGGCGAGGUUGUCCUUUUCUCGCGUGAGCGCUCGAGCGAGACGCGGGCGAUGACGAUGGAUGUGCUGGAUAAGAUGCAGCGCUACAUGACCGCCGCCGGCGCCCCGGUGAAUGCGCUGCUGCUUAUGGUAAUAGCCGGGCUCUCGGGAAAGACCACGAUGAUGGUGUCAAGCGCAGUGGUGUGCAUGGCGAAGGUGGUGUACCUGACGCAUAGUGAGUUGCCAGCGUCGGACCUGCAGGCCGCCAUGGCUGUCGGGUUCCAGCUCAUGGAAUCGAAAGACGUCGAAGUACGCACGGCGGCAGCCAUUUUCGCCCGCAUGGCGCUCAAGCUGGCGAAGCGAAGCCCCGCCGUAAAGGCGGCUGUCUCCAAAGCCCUGCCGAAGCUGCUCUACGCCAUUGCCCUUGUCACGUCGCAGCCGAGUGUGUCGAGCAACACGCGCAUGCAGCUCCGCGUACUGCUGGAGAAGUGCUUGAAGCGCUUCCCGAUUGAGCAGGUCGACCCUAUCUUUCCGCUUGGCAGCAAGAACUUCCUUCGCUACACGCAGAAGAUGAUGAGGCGCGAGGAGAAAAAGUCCGAGAAGGAGCAGAAGAGGCGCCGAGAGAAGCAGCAGAACGAAUUCGACAAGCUGUUCCUCGGUGCUGCCAUGAACGCCGGUCGGGAGGAGGCGGCCGAGGAGGACUUGCUCGAGGCGGGCGCCCUGAGCAGCUUUGUUGCCAAGCACGCCGCUCCCGUUUUUCAAGGCUUCGGGGGUGCCACCAUUGCUGCCGGUGAUGGCAUGGACGACAAGGACGACGAGUACGACAACAUGGUGCUGGACUUCCAGAGCGACGGAAAACUGCGCAUUAUCAGCAAGGAGGAGAAGCGAGCGGAGGAGGCGCACAAGGCCCGCCAGGCGAUGGCUGAGCGGCUGAUGCGGCGCAAGAGCGGACUAGUGAUGGCCUCAGCCUUGAACGAUGAGGCAAACGGGCGUCCAGGUAAGCGCUCGCGUGCAGAGGAUGAGGACUUUGAGAAUGAGGAGCUCACGCUUCGCUAUGGCAGCCGCGUCACGGAGGAUGCGGCCCAGAAGGCGACCGAGGUGUACAAAGGGGGUCGUGGCUCCGUUGGCCCGAGCGCACUGCAGGUGUCCCGUCUGCGGGACGAGAAGGCGGUGAGGCGCGAGAUGAAACGCCAGCGUGUGGAGGAGGACAUUCGAAAGGGCGACGAAUUCCGCGGAGCGGGUGACGGUGAUGUGAAGCGCGGUAACCUUGACCCGUUCGCGUACGUGCCGCUGAACCGCCGUUACAUGAACCGCCGCAACGCCCGCGACGCCGUCCACCGCUUCGAAGUCGUGGCCAACAAGCACCUGAAGGGCAACAAGGCAAAAGCCGCGAAGGAGGCGAGAGACAAGUGA